AUGUUAUGUCCAUCAGUUGUUGAUUCUUCGAAUGUAUCUUUAGGUCAAACUACCUAUGAUAACAUAGGCGGGGAAGUCACUGCGUCUAUAGAAUCAAAAUUACAUGUGAUACCUAAACGUAGAUCAAAGCAGCAGACUAAAAAUAAGGUUUAUGCUAAUACUUCUGAAGAUAAAAAGAUGUUGGUAGAACAGUACAAUUCUUCUUUAACAAAUAAUAACUCUAAUGUUCGUUUAAAAAUCAUUCUUUCGAAACCGAAAUUGAAAAGUAAGCUCAAUUGUGCUGAAGUUCUGAACAAUAAUGCACAAAAUUCUUUUGAAAAUGAAGUUAACAUUUCUUCUUCAUUACCGAAUCUAGAUGUUCCAAUUACUGAUGACAAAAUACAUCAAAUUGUUGAAAAUUCAUCAAACGAAGACACAGAAAGUCCAUUUACUUCAGAGAUUAUUCCUGAAUCAAAUAUAUCAACUACCGAUUCACAAGACUUUGAUAAAACAUUUAGUGCUACACAUUCAGAACUCCUAACUCAAUUCCCACAUGUGUUUCCGGAUCUCAAAGUUUCAGAUAUUCUAUCCGACACAGUCGAUAUACCUACAUUUUCUGAGGAUGAAUCUGAAGAAGAUGCUGGUCGUUUGAUUAUUGAUCCUGAUGUAAUGGCUUCAGUCAACGUUCCCUUAUCAACUGGUAAUCAUCAUUACAUCACCGAGACUUUAAAACAGGAUCCGGAUGUUCUUCGAGAAGAUUUAUAG